AUGUCACUAUCUUGGCUCUCAAAUGCUUUUCAUAUCCUCCUCGCAGUAAAUGUCGUUUAUGGGGAGAUAUACAACGACCCUGCACACGUUCUGAGCCGCAAGUACGACUUCGUCGUCAUCGGAGGCGGUACCGCAGGAAAUGUAGUCGCGAACAGGUUGACAGAGGAUGCAUCAGUUCGUGUGCUCGUCAUUGAAGCUGGUCCAUCGAACGAAGGCGUCGAACUUUCGAUCGUGCCAUUCUUCUGCACAGAGCUGGUUCCUGCCACCCCGUGGACCUGGAAUUACACGACAGUUCCGCAAGCCGGGUUAUACGGACGUACUGUGCCUUAUCCUAGGGGGCGGCUUUUGGGCGGAAGUAGCUCUAUCAAUUAUAUGGUAUAUAUUCGUGGAUCCGACAAUGACUGGGAUCGCUACGCCGAGAUCACAGGCGAUCAAGGCUGGUCAUGGGACGCACUUCUGAAAUACUUCAAAAAGAGCGAGCACUUCGUAGCCCCAGCGGAUCACCACAACAUAACCGGACAAUUCGAUCCUGCGUUUCAUGGCUUUUCGGGACUUCUGAAUGUCAGCCUUCCCGGGUUUCCUCAAACGAUAGAUGACAGAAUCGUGCAAACUACGCAAGAGCUGACUGAGUUUCCAUUUAAUGAAGAGAUGAACUCCGGGGCCAUGAUCGGUAUCGGUUGGACGCAGGCCACUAUAUCUGGGGGUAAACGGGUCAGCUCGGCCACUGCGUACCUCGCACCGCGCUAUGUGAACCGCCCGAACCUGGACGUGCUAAUCGAGACACAAGUAACUAAGAUAGUCGCUGCAGACGCUGAUGGACCUGUCUCAUUCACAUCCGUGGAGUUCGCACAGAGCAGCGCUGGUGAGCGGUACCGCGUCUCUGCUAAAAAGGAAAUCAUCCUGUCUGCAGGCGCAAUCAAUACCCCGCAGCUGCUGAUGCUCUCUGGCGUGGGCGAUCCUGCGGUGUUGGACAAAUUUGGUAUAGAGGCGCUCGUUGACUUGCCCGACGUCGGUCAGAACCUGCACGACCACGCGCUACUCUCCAACGAAUUCCUCGUCAAUUCGACGGCGACAUGGGAGACCUUCGAGCGCAAUGCGACGCUCUUUGCGGACAUUUUUGCAGAAUACAAUUCUUCUGGAACUGGACCUUUUGUUGACACGCCGGCUGGCAAUAUGAUCGGCUGGCUUCGGUUUCCAGACAAUUCAUCAAUAUUCAAGGAGUAUCCUGAUCCUUCUUCUGGUCCGAACUCGGCACACUAUCAGAUCCUUUUCACGAACGGGUUUGCUUCAUCGGUAGAACCAAUUCCUACAACGGGAAAUUACAUGACAUUGUUGACCAUCGUCACAAGCCCGGUGUCUCGAGGGAGUAUCAGCCUCAAUUCAAGCGAUCCUUUUGACUUUCCACUCAUCGACCCGGCCUUCCUGACACAACCUCUUGAUGCGCUCAUCUCUGUGAAUGCUGUCAAGGCCGUGAGACGGCUCCUGAACGCUUUAGUCUGGGACGACUACGUUCUCUCACAGUUUGGCCCCGGCGGACUGGCGCAUACGGACGAGGAGAUUGAGCACUACGUGCGGAAUCAGACGGCCACCAUCUACCACCCUGUCGGGACCGCUAGCAUGUCCGCUGUAGGUGCAAAAUCAGGAGUCGUGAACCCCGAUUUGAGGGUCAAGAAUGUCAAAGGUCUACGUGUCAUCGACGCGUCCGUGAUCGCGGCUGUAUAUGCUUUUGCGGAACGAGGAGCGGACCUCAUCAAAUCCGCAUGGGGUCUACACUGA